GUGUGAACAUUUGUAUUACGUAUCGAAGAUAAGAAUUUACGAUCAUCCGCAUAGGACUAACGUUCUAACCUUGCCGCGAUUUGUAAUUACUUUGCGACACAAAUUUCAAAUCAAAUCGUCAUCGUUUACUCUACUUUUUUUUGUUAACGUCAAUAAACGAUUUUAUAUUUCAUAGGUUUAUCGAUUAUUCUCGGUGAACUACGUAGUAGAUUUUAAUUGCGAUAUUUACUAUUUAAUUCGUAGAAAUAUGUCGGCAAUUGAAGUACCAAAUUUACGAUUAGGACCUAAUCCUAACGGUAAUUAUCCGAUUCAAGUACAAUAUUGCGGAAAUUGUACUCUUCCUAUCGAGUAUUGUGAAUAUUACCCAGAAUAUGAAAAAUGCAAACUCUGGUUGGAAAGAAAUUUGCCAACUGAAUUUGAAAAGGUUAAACUAGUAGAAGAUGGAAGUACGGAAACUGGUGGAGGAGAAGAUGAGAAGAAAAGACAGAAACGUGGUGGUAAAGGUAUGCUGAAAACAAAGAAAAAAGAAGACGUUCCUAAAUUAGUUACCGUAUCAAGAGCUCCACGAGGAAAGAAAAAAUCUGUAACCGUUGUCACUGGCCUUAGUACAUUUGAUAUAGAUUUGAAGGUUGCCGCUAAAUUCUUUGGCAGUAAAUUUGCUUGUGGAUCUAGUGUAACAGGUGACGAUGAAAUUGUUAUACAGGGUGAUGUCAAAGAUGAUUUAUUUGAAGUGAUUCCAGAAAAAUGGCCCCAGAUUGAUGAAGACUCUAUAGAUGAUUUAGGUGAUCAAAAAAGAUAAUGGAUUGAUUAAAUUUGUGAUUCGCACAAAUACAUAUUUAAUAUGCUAUUUACAUUGAUGUUUAUUAAAAAUAAAAUGUAUAUAAAUAAUAA